AACAUCCGCUUUGCCCGGAAGUUAUGAGUAUGCUUUCCUGCGGUGCGAGAUUAAUGCAAAAGUGGUAAUUUAUUAAUUGUUUGGACUUUAUAAAAGUGAAGAAUGGCGUGGAAACGCAGUGGUUUGGGCCCCCCUCUUCCUCCGGCCUCCUUACAUCUCCUCGUCCCGCCAGUGGGACUCAUGUCUGCUUUCUUGUGGCAAGUAGUAGAGAAGCACAGUGUGGUGCAGUAUGGCAAGCUGGCAGACUUCAUCAGUUUGGCGGCAGAGAUCGUCCCAGAGCUUCUGAAUCUCAGUCAGAGAGCUGAGGUCAUCCUGGGCCUGAGAGCAAGGCUGGUUCUGGAGCUAUGUCGUGGUGACGGCGUCGCCAACCUGCAGACCAUCCAGACCCAGCUGGAUAAGAUCCACACCUGCAGCGCCGAACUGAGCUCCACUGAUCAGAUGGCCAACAGUGAUAUACUGAAGACCUCUUACACCAACUUUGCCAGCCUUGUUCAGAACCUUUUGAAUGUUCCUUCUGAAAAGGAGAUCUUCUUCCAAGAGGUUUUUCCUGCAAACUACGGCUCCAACUAUGACGAAAGACUGCAGCAGCUGGUGUCUGAGUUCCUGUCCAGGUUCGAGCAGCUGCUGCCUGUACCAGACCUGCAACAGACAGCAGCAUGGCUCACUGAAACGACAUCUGUGUCGGAACAAUUUGGACUGCAUCUGUCUAAACCCUUUGCUCUGAAGACUCUGCUGCUUCAUCACAGACAGUUGGGGACUCUAAGCUCCGCUCCUUCCAGCAGCAAGGACGAAAUCCUUUUGUCCACUCUGGCUCUGCCCGCUCAAACUGGAGUGGAGAGGCUACCUGAGACUUACAGUGAGGAUGAUGAUUAUGACACUGAAGAAGAGAUCCUGGCAUUGGAAGAUUUAGACGAAGACUCGAGUCAAAGCUCAGACGAAACUGCAGAUGAUUGGUUGCCAAAAAAGGAAUCAGGUCCUAUGUCGCGUUUACUCAUCUGCCCUCAGUGUACAUUCACUCAUCGCCUAAAGAGAACGGUCCAAGAGCACAUCCAGAGUGAGCACCAUGUAAGAGCUCCCAUUCAGAAAAAACUAUCCAUGAAGAAAGCCAGAGCAAAGACUCAGCAGAAAAGUAAAGACUUGAACGGCGAAAAGAAGAAAGUAGAAGACAACUCUGAGAAAAAGAGGAAACCCAAACAAGACGGUGUUGAGAAAAUGUGGGAACGUAAGCAGAAGAAGGACAACUUAGAAAACAAGGUACGACGUAGGCGUAAAGAGCCCACAGGGGAAGACAAAAGAUUUCUGAGCAUGCGACCUGUCAACAAAAACUUCACAGAGGAAGAAACCAAAUGUCUGAAGUGUGAAAAGGUUUUUGAACUUCCAAAUCAGCUGAAGGCUCACAUGAAGCUCCAUGUCUUCCCGUACUGCUGCAUCCAAUGUGAGAAGGGAUUCACCAGCCCGUCAGGUUAUUAUCAGCACCAGAGACUCCACAAGAGAGGACGGAUAUUCACCUGCAGCCAGUGCAACAAGGGAUUUCUGUGCAACUAUUCGCUCAAGCAACAUGAACGCCUGCACGAAGGCCCGUCCAGCCUGUGUACGAUCUGCGGGAAAAGCUUCAGCAAAUCAGGAAUUACAAGACACAUGCAGAUGCACAAAGGCGAGAAGAAUUACUUGUGCACCACAUGCGGGAAGUCGUUUUUGUCCUCUGGGGAGCUGCUGCUGCACAAUCGGAUCCACACGGGCGAGAUGCCGUACACCUGCACACACUGCGGGAAGGGUUUCUCCUGCAAGAGUCACCUGAUCGUCCACACGCGCUCUCACACAGGGGAGCGUCCGUAUCUGUGCUCCGAGUGCCCGAAGCGUUUCCUGACACUGAACUGCCUGAAGAGACACACACUCAGCCACAACGGGGUGAAACCGUUUAAGUGUCCAAACUGUGAGAGAGAAUUCUCGCAGCAGGGGAAUCUGAAAAGACACCUGGCAACUCAUAAACCCGUAAUGUGCAGUCGCUAGAAAACAGAAUGUAGUCAUGAAUAAUACCUUGUAAACUUCUUGUUUACCUGUGUAAACCCAAAAUUAGCUUUUAAAAAAAUAAACAUUUGUGUUC